AUGCGGCUCCUCAAGACGAAUGGAUACCAGCUGACUGAAGCUAAUGACAUACCCGUACCUUUCCCUCAAUACGCUAUCCUUUCGCAUACUUGGAUUUCACCAAAGGAUGAAAUCACCUAUCAGGACCUGAAGCAGAGGAAAGGCGAUAUAGAGAAUGACAUUUUCAAACAAAAAGGCUGGGCAAAACUUCAGAGAUACUGUCAUCGUGCCGCAAGAGAUGGGUGGGAAUGGGCUUGGAUGGAUACUUGCUGCAUUGACAAGACUAAUCCUGCUGACACGCAAGAAGCAAUCAAUGCCAUGUUCCGGUGGUAUCAAAAUGCUGGUAUAUGCUACGCCUAUCUCGAUGACGUCGACGUUGGGAGAGUUGUCAGUGACCCAGACCUUGCGGACAUCGACCUUGAUGAUAUUGCCGGCAAAAACAAUGUUACUGAUCCAACAAGUUUCCCUCACGAGGCUUUGAAACCCUUCAUGACCAAGGCAAAGUGGUUCAGUCGCGGCUGGACGUUACAAGAGUUGCUCGCACCUCCUUAUCUAGUCUUUGUGGACCAGGCAUGGCGCCGAAUUGGCACUCGUGAAAGCUGGGCCGAGCAGAUCAGGAAGGCCAGUAGGAUAGAGGCACGACACUUGACUCAUUUUGAUCCGACAGACUUUACAGCUUGCUCUAUUGCGAUGCGGUUUUCAUGGGCCUCUCUUCGGGAAACGACAGUCGAAGAAGACGAAACUUAUUCAUUGUUGGGUCUAUUUGGGGUCAGCUUGCCGCUGAUCUAUGGUGAAGGAAGAUGGCGAGCAUUCAACCGACUUCAGCGCGAGUUGAUUACCGUAUACAGUGAUGACUCUAUAUUCGCCUGGAAAAUUCGCCAACCACUCAGCGGGCGUAUAACUGAGUCGCAUGAGAAAGCCGAUAAGCCUGGUAGAGGCAUCCUGGCACCAUCGAUCAGAGAGUACUGGGACGCAUCAAAGAUUGAAGCCUUCGGUUUCUAUGACAACAGCUUUGCAAUGACGAACAAGGGUCUGGAAAUCAAUGCCAAGCGCUGGAGACGCAAAGAUGACCUUUCGAUGUGCCUAAUUCGCCUGAAUUGUGGAUUUGGAGCCUCGAGCCGUCUCGCCAUCCAUCUCACCCACGUCAACGACACUUAUGAUAGGAUUCAACUGCAUCAAAUCUGUGACAUGGAAACGAUCGCACCUGACGAAUGGGAAGAAGAAUCUACCGGCGAACCCACAGUCAUUCGGGCUAGCAACUAUUCCAACGUCUCAAUAUCCUCCUCGAUACUCAUCCUCGAAUACCCAAAUCGAAUCAAAAUUGGCAACAAGUACUUUGUGGACUUUGAUACGUCGAUAAUCAAUACGAAACUAAAACUUUGGGAUGAGAGUUUUUCCCAGCAAGGUUUUACUGAGGAUGAGUUCGUUAUGAAGCCAAACAGACUUGCCUUUAUCAAUAUCACGCUACAAGACGAAGCAUCACGUUCCAAGUUCGAUAUCAUUGUCAACUUGAGCGGAAAAAGUUUCCCUUCGGUGGGGAUUCUAUCGAGGACACAAGAGCCAUGGGAACGGCUGGGAGAUCCACUAACUCAAGCCUCCACCACGUACGAGCAAUUGGCAGAUCAUCUUCACUACAAGGUGGCAACUGAUCCAGUGUAUCCAGUCAAUGCCACCGACGAGAGAGAAGACGCUAUGAUUGGUGUCUGUCUCCUUCCCAGGCCCCGAAAGAAGAGACCGUCUCAGCGGAAUGCAGAUAAGAUUAACUCUGCCACAUCGAGAGAGUAUUUGCUCAAGAUCACGCUACAAGAAGAUGGCCAGUCCGAUGGACACAUGCCGGAACGCUCUGCCAAGAGGAGAAGGACGGGUGCGUGA